CACCGUUCCAUUAAUUCCAUGGCGAUCCCAUUCCUCAAGCUCCCAUCUACUCCUCUCCAUCAUCCUAUUCCUACUCCUCCUCUCCUCCCUCUCCAUCCCUAUCCAUCUCUCCUCUCAUUCCCUCUCCUUCCCAAACCCCACCAACUCCACCUCUCCACAACCGCCACCACCAAAGACGACUCCUCCCUCACCUCCCUUCUCUCCGACCUCCAAGACGAUCCCCUCAUCGACACCGACGAGUUCACAACCAGAUCCCUCUCACCUUCUCACCACCAUCAUCUCCCUUCCAGAUGGCCUGAGCUCCACGGCGAACAAGACUGGUCCGGCCUUCUCGACCCUAUCGACCCUCUUCUCCGCUCCGAGCUCAUCCGCUACGGCGAGUUCUCCCAAGCUUGCUACGACGCCUUCGACUUCGACCCCUUCUCCCGCUACUGCGGCAGUUCCAAGUACCCUCGGCGCAAGUUCUUCUCUAGUCUCGCCAUGGACUCCUACGGCUACGAAGUCUCCCGCUUCCUCUACGCCACUUCCAACAUCAACCUCCCCAAUUUCUUCUCCCGAUCUCGCUGGGAUCGCACCUGGAGCGAACGCGCCAACUGGAUCGGCUACAUCGCAGUCUCCUCUGAUGCUACUACCGCCCUUCUCGGUCGCCGUGACAUCGUCAUCGCCUGGCGCGGCACCGUCACCAAGCUCGAAUGGAUCGCAGAUCUCAUGGAUUUCCUACGCCCUAUCUCAUCCGUAGGCAUCCCUUGCCCAGAUCCUUCCGUCAAGGUCGAAUCAGGGUUCGUAGAUUUGUACACCGAUAAGGACCCAUCCUGCCGGUUCUGCAAAUACUCUGCUCGCGAGCAGGUACUAGCUGAGGUCAAGAAGCUCAUAGACCACUACGCUGUUAAAAAUGGAGAAGAAGUGAGCAUCUCGGUGACUGGGCAUAGUCUCGGCAGCGCUCUGGCGAUGCUAAGCGCAUACGAUCUGGUCGAGACCGGGGUCAGCGGAGGGAAGACGGUGUGCGUGUUCUCAUUCUCAGGACCGAGGGUUGGGAACAGAGCUUUCAAGGAGAGGUUUGAAGGGUUGGGAUUGAAGGCGUUGAGAGUGGUGAAUGUUCAUGAUACAGUGCCGAAGGUGCCGGGGAUUUUGUUCAAUGAAAGGGUGCCGGCGUUGGUGCAGAGGUUGGCCGAAGGGUUGCCAUGGAGUUACUGUCAUGUUGGGGUGGAGCUGGCGUUGGAUCACAAGAACUCGCCGUUUCUCAAGGAUACUGGUGAUCCUUCUUGCUUCCAUAACCUUGAGGCUCAUCUCCACCUUCUUGAUGGAUACCAUGGAAAGGGACAAAGAUUUGUUCUAGCAAGUGGAAGAGAUCCAGCUCUAAUUAAUAAGGCUUGUGAUUUCCUCAAAGACCAUCACAUGGUUCCACCAUAUUGGAGACAAGAUUUGAACAAGGGGAUGGUUAGAUCAGGAGAUGGCAGGUGGGUGCAACCAGAGAGGCAAAAGAUGGAUGAACAUCCUCCUGACAUGUACCAUCGUCUCAUGCAACUUGGCCUUAAUUUGGAUCACUAGAUUUACGUUCAUAUUUUGGAGCUUGGGUCUAGUUAGGCUUGAUCUCUUUUGUGGUUUUUGGUAAUUAUUUAUUUUGUUUUUUUUUUUUUAAAGUACAGGAAUGACAAUGGAUAUAAAUAAUUAAGCGGACUUUGUAUGAGUCAUGGUGUAUCAUAAC